CACUGACACACCACACAUUCAAGAUGAAACUUGCCGCAUUAACUAGAUAUACUUAUAUCUUCAUCUUCUUCGAUAUCGCUCUAUUGGCUGCUGCAAUCUUUACUCUCUUAAUCGUCUUACGUUGGAAACAUCUUCUGCAUUCAGCACCUUUACCAAAUCGACAUCUGAUCACUCGUUUAACUCUAUCCACUAACUUUGUCCAUGCCGGUCACAUCUUUUCAAUAGCUACUUUUAUCGCGUUCAUCAUCUCACUCUGGCCAUUAUUAACAAGACCAACUCGAGACAAUGCAGCCACAAGACCAGUAGCGAUCCACAUGUUAUUCAUCCUAUUCGUCUUUCUUUUAACAAUGGGAGCCGCUACAACCAUCUGGUUCACAACCCUUCGAAUCCGUUCACUCUUCACACCCGUUUGGAUUGAACAGCCUUUGAAUAUCAAAUUGUAUUUACAAGACUCGUUACAAUGUUGUGGAUGGUUUAAUGCUACUGCUGCGGGAUUGUUUGAACCAGAACUAAGGACUGGGUUUUGUUCGGAUCCGGAAACAAUUCCUAAGGAUCCUGAUCCUAAUGUUUCAAUUGGUUGUGUGGGACCUUUUACAAACAAAGCAGAUGAUCUUUUCAAUAACACAUUCACCACUCUUUAUGGUUUCACUAUACUUGAGCUUGGUUUGUUUUUGACUGCUGCUUGUAUUGCAAACUUACGCAUCCAGAAGAAAAGGUUUCUGAGAAUCGAUUAUAAGUUAAUCACAGGUGGUAAAGGAGGAUUUGUAUAAGAAUCGUAAAUAUUUAUAUAUCUUUUUUUUUGGUUUUGCUUUUAUAUAACUCAGAUUUUUAUUUCCACAAAUCAAUGUUUUCUUUUUGGUAUCUUCUCAUGCAUAUUACUUUUUGAUGUAACUUCUUUCUUUCUUUGGAAACCACUUUGCUCAUCUUACUGCCAUUGCCAAUCAUAUCACUUUCUUUUUUAUUUAUUUAUUCUUUUAUUCUCUAUGUGUUUCUGAUUGAUUUAGAUUCAUGAUUUAUAAGAUAAUAACGAAUUCUCGAAGCAACAUUUUUCAUC